AAAUUUAUGCGAAGUAGAUAUUCUCAUAAUUUGCCUUAGUUUAUUGAAAAUUUGAUAAAAAUUCGUGUGUACAAUUUGUAUCCGUGAUUUUAUAGUAAAAAACAUUUCCAAUGUAAAUAUCGUUGUUUGAGGGAAUUGUACAUGUACAGUUUUUCUGUGUGAAAAUUUAUAAACACAAAUAUAUAUGUAUAGAUAGAUGACAGAUGUGUAUACAAUGACAGUGAACGGUGUUUGAUGCAAAACGAGGCAUCUUUGGACUGAGACACCGAUUUAAAAUUGGAAAAUCAUAUUUACUGCAUGAAAAUCCCGAAAUUAGUGAAGAAAAAAUAUUCAAAUAGAUAAUGAUAGAUGCAUCUGAAAAUAGUGGCUAAAACUCAAAAUUCCACUUUAAACGAGUGUCUAAAGUACUGAAGACAGAAGAAAGAAUUGGUGUUCUGGACUUUUCGUCAAUGAAAAAAAAAUUUACUUAACCUCAAUCGAAAAAAUAAUAAUAUUAUAAAUUCCAAAAUAAACAUAGAUCGCUUCACUAUGCUGAUAUGUGGAGUAGUUCUACGAAUACUACACUUUUCCGCCCGUUUCUAAUGAAGUAAUCAAAUCUGUCAUCAAACACACAGAUAUUGUUCAAGAAGAAGUGACAGUGGAAAUGUUUUGUAAACAUAAAUUAAAAAAAAUCUCCGCUUAAUUAUAAGGCGAUGAGAUUUUGUAGUGAUUUCAUUUCGAAUGAGAAAUAAAUAAUUUAUUAAUAUAAAACGAUAAUCGCUAAAUUUAUUCAAAAAUGACGACUGUACAACACUAUGUUAAUGGACUCAAGUCACGUAAUCGUGAUGAGCAGAACAAAGCUGCCGCCGAUUUAAUUCUGUAUGUUAAGACCGAGCUACGGGAAAUGCCACAAGAAGAACUGGCACUAUUUCUCGAUGAAUUUAAUCAUCAUAUCUUUGACAUGGUGUCCAGUUCCGAUGCCAGCGAGAAAAAAGGAGGCGUUCUUGCCAUAAAAUGUCUCAUCAGCGGUGAUGUAGUGAAUACAGCAAGUAGAAUACCACGUUAUUCGAAUAUUUUACGAAAUCUUCUGCCAUCGAAUGAUGUGUCAGUCAUGGAAAUAGCUGCAAAAACAUUGGUAAAAUUGGCUUUGUUGCCUGGUUCCAAAGGAGCUGAAUCAUUCGAUUUUGAUUUAAAACGAGCCUUCGAAUGGCUCUCAGAAGAGCGAAAUGAGGGAAAACGACAUGCAGCCGUCUUAGUUCUACGUGAAUUGGCAGUUGCAAUGCCCACCUAUUUCUAUCAGCAAGUAAAUGGAUUUUUCGAACAUAUUUUUACCGCAAUUCGCGAUCCAAAACCAAUUAUACGAGAAGGAGCCGGUCAGGCAUUGCGAGCAGCUUUAGUUGUUACGUCGCAGCGUGAAAGUUCGAAACAACUGAACAAACCACAAUGGUAUAAGUAUAAGUUGUGUUUCGACGAAUCCAUGAUUUGUUUCGCCGAGGUGCCGAUGAAAGAAAAGGGUUGUACCAAAGACGAUCGAGUUCAUAGUGCGCUAAUCAUUUUGGACGAAUUGUUGCGAUGUUCAAACGCAAAUUGGGAACGCAAAUACAAUUCGUUGCGAUUUUUGGAACCGGAACGGAAAAAGCAUCGUUCAGAUGAAUAUGGAACGUUAUUGCCUCGCUUUAAAGCACCAUUCAUUGAGAAAUUGGCUCAUCAUUCUAGUUCAUCGAAUACCUCUUAUCUCUAUGAUUUGGAUUGUAAUUUAAAGUAUUGCGGUAAUUUCCAAGAAUCGACGGUGUGUCGUCAAAUUAUCAUUGAAAAUUACGACGAUAUUUGUCAACGUAUUAUGGAGCAACGUUCAGUAAAAUCGUCCUAUGUGCAACAGUCACUGUUUUCCAUUUUACCCCGUCUCGUUGCAUUCAAUCGCGAGGUAUUUGUUCGUGAACAUCUCAAUUCCACCGUUACUUAUUUAUUGAAUACAUUGCGUGGCAAAGAGAAGGAUCGAAAUCAAGCCUAUGUGACACUUGGCUACAUUGCUGUUGCUGUUAAUGAUGAAAUCGAAUCGUAUCUACCGACUGUUUUUGAAAUAAUCAAGGCAGCAUUACCGUCAAAGGAUGCGCCCGCUAAACGAAAAUCAACUCCCGAUCCAUCUGUGUUUUUGUGCAUCACACUCUUGGGCCAUGCCAUUAAGAAUGAAACAUUAAUUACCGAUUACAUAAAAGAUUUAUUAGAGCCGAUGAAAUCGACCGGUGUAAGCCCAGCACUAACCAUAUGUUUUCGUGAGUUGGCCGAACAAGUUCCACGCUUACGAAAUAUCAUAUCGGAUGGUUUAUUGAAUAUGUUAUCGCAAGUUCUUAUGAGCAAACCAUUGACGCAACUGGGUACACCAAAACAUAAUAUAACAGCACAAUUUGCUUCGCUCACCACCACCGACGCCCAAUGUGAUACAGCCACAAUUGUUCUUGCACUUAAAACACUGGGCACUUUUAAUUUUGGUGUAUUCGACUUACUUGAAUUUGUCCAAAGAUGUGCCGAUCACUUUUUACAACACGAACAACAAGAAAUUCGAUUGGAAGCGGUUGAAACGUGCAGCCGUUUACUGAAAAUAACGAUUCAUCAAGAUGAAGCCGAUCAAGUAACCAUCGAUAUGGUAAAUCAUUGUUUGAAUCAAUUGCUCAACGUCGGCAUUACUGAUCUCGAUGCAAAUGUACGCUUAAGAGUGCUUAAAUCAUUGGACGAAACAUUCGAUAAUCAAUUGGCACAGCCGGGCUCAUUGGGCGCUUUGUUGAUGACAUUGAACGAUGAAGUGUUUGAAAUACGCGAAUUGGCCAUUCAAACUAUUGGUCGGUUGUCAGCGAAAAAUCCGGCUUUUGUAAUGCCCAGUUUACGCAAAACAUUAGUUCAACUAUUGACGGAAAUUGAGCAUUCUGGAAUGAGUCGAAAUAAAGAGCAAAGUGCUCGUAUGUUGGACCAUUUGAUUGUUAGCACACCACGUCUCAUCACUGCAUAUAUGAAGCCGAUACUUACAAAACUUGUACCGAAAUUAAAAGAACAAUCGAAUCCGGGCGUUAUAUUGAAUGUGUUGCGAGCAAUUGGCGAUUUGGCUGAAGUGAAUGGAGGAAGCAACGAAAUGGAACGAUGGGCUGACGAACUUUUGGCAAUUUUAUUGGAAAUGCUUGGCGAUGCUGGAUCACCAGAGAAACGUAAUGUUGUACUAUGGACACUUGGUCAAUUGAUCGGCGCAACGGGUCGAUGUGUAACACCAUACUACAAAUAUCCAUUUUUAAUUGAUAUAUUGAUAAAUUUCUUGAAAACUGAGCAACAUCGCGAUAUUCGCCGCGAAACAAUUCGUGUUUUGGGUUUGCUGGGCGCAAUGGAUCCGUACAAACACAAAAUGAAUAAGGGACUGAUCGAUAGUCAAAAUGAUGCUAUUCUUAUCUCAAUGUCCGAUUUAAAGACCGAUGAACAUUUGGAUUUAUCGACAGCAGAGACUCUCGUCAAUAUGGGAAAUGUGCUUGAAGAAUACUAUCCUGCAAUUGCGAUUUCAACGUUAAUGCGCAUUUUACGCGAUCCAACACUAUCACAACAUCAUACCAGUGUUGUUCAAGCGAUUACCUUUGUUUUCCAAAGUUUGGGCAUCAAAUCAAUUCCGUAUCUAUCGCAAGUGUUGCCAAGUCUAUUGAGCAACAUACGGACGGCUGAUUUAAAUUUAAAGGAUUUUUUAUUCCAACAGCUGUCAACUUUAAUCGAAAUUGUGAAACAACAUGUGAUUUCGUAUAUGAAUGAUAUUUUCAAAUUGAUUCGUGAAUUUUGGACGAUAAAUACGCCACUGCAUGGUACUUUGAUUAAUUUGAUUGAAAAGAUUGCCAUUGCUCUGGGUUGCGAGUUCAAAGUCUAUUUGUCGCAGAUCAUGCCACAAAUGUUACGGCUUCUGGCACACGAUAGCUCCAAAGAUCGUAUUGUCACAAUAAAACUAUUGCAAGCCCUGCAAAGUUUUGGAGCCAAUCUAGAUGAUUAUUUGCAUUUGAUUAUACCGCCGGUGGUGAAAUUAUUCGAACCAGUCGAUUUGCCGUUGGCUGUUUGUAUUUGUGCCCUUGAAACGGUUCAUCAUUUAGCAGAAAUUUUGGAUUUAACCGACUUUGCGACACGCAUUAUUCAUCCCAUUGUUCGUGUACUGGAUAACAGUCCCGAUCUUCGAGUGCCGGCCAUGCAAACCCUCUGCUCAAUGGUGGUACAAUUGAAUAAGAAAUUUAAAGUGUUCAUACCGCUAGUGCAAAAAGUGAUUGCACGACAUCGAAUAAAUUGUAUCGAAUAUGAAAAAUUACUGCCACAAAUUCAAAGCAAUACAACGGUCGUGUUGGACGAUGAAUCCAGACGAUCAUUGAAAACGAAAAAACGGGACGCACCGUUUUGUCCUGAAAUGAGUACAAUGAAAAAAAUGCAACCAGUUGAAUCGCAAUUACGUUUGGCUUGCCAAGCAUCGCGUCGUGUAUCGAAAGACGAUUGGGUCGAAUGGUUGCGACGGCUUAGCGUCGGCUUAUUGAAGAAUUCACAAUCGCCAGCAUUGCGAUCAUGCCAAGCAUUGGCACAAAAUUAUCCGACAUUGUUAAGAGAUCUAUUUAACGCCGCAUUUGUAUCGUGUUGGACAGAGUUGAGUGAUGAAAUGAACGAAGAGCUGGCAGCUAGUUUGAGACAAGCCCUUGAAGUGCAAGACAUGCCAGAAAUUACACAAACCAUUCUCAAUUUGGCUGAAUUUAUGGAACAUUGCGAUAAAGACCAACUUCGAAAGAAAACCUUGAAAAUUGAUCCGAAAGUUUUGGGGCGCCGUGCAAUGGAGUGCAGAGCGUAUGCAAAGGCGCUGCAUUACAAAGAACAAGAAUUCCAUGAAGAUAAGAGUCCACAAGUGCUCGAGGCGCUAAUUCUCAUCAAUAAUAAACUUCAACAAAAAGAAGCGGCCGAAGGAUUACUUGAAUAUGUUAUGGCAUGCCGGAAUGGAGAGGAGGAACCAAAGGUUCAAGUUCGAUGGUAUGAAAAAUUACACAGUUGGGAGAAGGCGUUAAAUUUGUACAAGCAUCGUUUGGACAAUAAUCAAAGUGAUAUGGACUCAAAGCUCGGAUAUAUGCGUUGUUUGGAAGCACUAGGCGAAUGGAAUGAACUCGGCAGCUAUGCCAAAGAGCAGUGGCCCACAUUGGGAGAUGGAAAAAGUCGUGCCGGUCGGUUGGCUGCAGUGGCUGCAUGGGGUCUGCAGGAUUUUGAGCAAAUGCGAGAAUAUGUGCGAUGUAUUCCAGAAGAUACACAAGAUAGUUCAUUCUAUCGAUCGGUGCUUGCCAUUCGUGACGGUGAUUUUCAUAUGGCACAAAGUUUGAUUGAUGAAACUCGUGAUUUGCUAGAUACUGAAUUGACUUCAAUGGCCGGUGAAUCGUAUGAACGUGCUUAUGGUGCAAUGGUCUGUGUUCAAAUGUUAUCCGAAUUGGAGGAGGUCAUUCAAUAUAAAUUGAUACCCGAACGACGUGGAACCAUCCACCAGAUGUGGUGGAAACGACUACAAGGCGGCCAAAAAUUAGUUGAAGAUUGGCAACGAAUCAUUCAAGUGCAUUCAUUGGUUUUGUCGCCACACGAAGAUGUGCAUACAUGGCUCAAAUAUGCAUCAUUGUGUCGUAAGAGUGGAUCAUUGAAAUUAUCCCAUAAAACAUUGGUGAUGUUGUUAGGCGUCGAUCCAUCCGAAAGUCCGGAACAUCAAUUGCCGACAGAUAAACCACUGGUAUCAUUUGCAUAUUGCAAACAUUUAUGGAUGUGUAAAGAUCAGGAACGAGCUUACAAUCAACUUGAUCGAUUUGUGAAUACAUUUAGUAUGCAAAGCUUACAAACGAACCCAAUGCCGGAUGAUAUGCGCGAUGAAAACAGACGUCUCUUGUCCAGAUGCUAUAUGCGCUUGGGAUUGUGGCAAAAUAAAUUGGGCGGCAUUACAGAUGAUUCAAUUCAAGGUAUUUUAGGAUGUUAUGAAAAGGCAACACAACACGAUCCAAAUUGGUAUAAAGCAUGGCACUCAUGGGCAUACAUGAACUUUAAAGUUGUCCAAGCACAGAAACAAACACAAGAGAAUAGCGCAAAUAACGGUGACUUUUCGCGAAUGAAUGAUAAACGUUUCGAAAAGAAUCUGAUUACAACGUAUGCCGUACCAGCCGUACAUGGUUUCUUCCGUUCGAUAAAUUUGCUUCAAGGAAAUUCGCUUCAAGAUACACUUCGUUUGCUAACACUUUGGUUUGAAUACGGUCAAUAUACGGAAGUAUAUGAUGCUUUGGUUGAGGGCAUGAAAUUGAUUGAAAUAAAUACAUGGCUUCAAGUAAUACCGCAGCUUAUUGCACGAAUCGACACGCAUCGCAGCUUAGUUGGUCAAUUGGUACAUCAAUUGCUCAUCGACAUUGGAAAGCAACAUCCACAAGCAUUAGUUUAUCCAUUGACGGUCGCAUCGAAAUCGGCAUCGUUACCGCGCAAAAAUGCAGCGCACAAAAUUUUGAAUUCAAUGAGCGAUCAUUCACCGACACUUGUACAACAGGCAUUAAUGUGCAGUGAAGAGCUAAUUCGUGUUGCAAUUCUAUGGCAUGAACAAUGGCACGAGGGCCUCGAAGAAGCUUCACGAUUGUAUUUUGGUGAAAUGAAUGUGAACGGCAUGUUCGAUACAUUGCAACCAUUGCAUGCUAUGCUGGAGAGAGGACCACAAACACUGAAAGAAACGUCUUUCUAUCAAGCAUAUGCACGUGAUUUGAAUGAAGCAUUAGAAUGGUGCCAACACUAUAAGGCAUCAGGUAAAAUUCGUGAUUUAAAUCAAGCAUGGGACUUAUAUUAUCAUGUAUUUCGUAAAAUAUCACGACAAUUACCACAAUUAACAUCGUUAGAAUUACAAUAUGUUAGUCCAAAACUAUUGGCGUGCAAAGAUUUGGAAUUGGCCGUACCCGGCAGCUAUACACCUGGCCAGGAAUUAAUCCGCAUUAGUAGUAUACAUCAGAAUCUGCAGGUGAUCACAUCAAAGCAGCGACCAAGAAAACUGUGCAUUCGCGGUUCGAAUGGAAAGGAUUAUAUGUUCUUGUUGAAAGGACACGAAGAUUUGCGUCAAGAUGAACGUGUUAUGCAGUUGUUUGGUCUAGUAAAUACAUUACUCCAACAUGAGCCAGAUACAUUUAGACGUAAUUUAACAAUUCAACGAUACGCAGUCAUCCCGUUGAGUACCAAUUCCGGUUUGAUUGGAUGGGUUCCACAUUGUGACACACUACACACAUUGAUUCGAGACUAUCGUGACAAACGUGGAAAAUUGUUGAAUUCCGAACAUCGUGAAAUGUUAAAAAUGGCACCAGAUUAUGAUCAUCUAACACUUUUACAAAAGGUUGAAGUGUUUGAGUAUGCGUUGAAGCAAACCAAAGGAAAUGAUUUGGCAAAACUUCUCUGGCUAAAGAGUCCAUCGUCAGAGGUUUGGUUCGAUCGAAGGACAAAUUAUACACGAUCAUUGGCAGUGAUGUCAAUGGUGGGAUACAUUCUUGGAUUGGGUGACCGGCAUCCGUCAAACUUAAUGUUGGAUCGAUUAAGUGGAAAAAUUUUGCAUAUUGAUUUUGGUGAUUGUUUUGAAGUGGCCAUGACCCGUGAAAAAUUCCCCGAAAAAAUCCCAUUCAGAUUAACACGGAUGCUAAUAAAUGCCAUGGAAGUCACUGGCAUCGAAGGAACAUAUCGUCGAACAUGCGAAAGUGUAAUGCAUGUAUUGCGACGCAAUAAAGACAGCUUAAUGGCCGUGCUCGAAGCAUUUGUUUAUGAUCCGCUGUUGAAUUGGCGUCUCCUAGAUACCACCACGGACAAGAAUCAUAGAUCAAAAACAACCGAUGGCAAUGCUACAACUGGAGCAAGCCUUUCAAAUAGCGCUGAAGACUCGGUGGAUUUAUUGAGUAUUCAACAGCAAAAUCGAUUGAAAGGACAUCAGUUCAAUCAGGUCGAUGGAAAAAAUGUUGCGAUCGGCGAAAGUGUUAAUGCCGUUCAUAAUCCCACCGAAGUCACCAAUAUGAAAGCAAGAUUGAUUGUAGAUCGUGUUAAACAGAAAUUGACUGGUAACGAUUUCAAUACAACCGAAGAAAUAAGCGUUCAACGUCAAGUUGAUUUACUGAUACAACAGGCGACGAACAAUGAAUUUUUGAGCCAAUGCUAUAUUGGGUGGUGCCCUUUCUGGUAAAAAUGGCCGGCAUCAGGUGUUAUCAAGGAAACGAACCGUUUGACUUGAUUUGAUUUUUGUUUAAUCUGUGAAGCGAAAAUGUUCUAAAUUUUAAAAUAAGUUUUCAUUUUUAUACAGACGGUUUCACCUAGAUUAUUUAAUGAAUUUCAAUCACUAUGCUUUUUUUAAUACAUUUUUGUGCAUUUAAAAAAUUUCAAACUGUACAUUACAAAAUACACCGUAAAAUAUGUUAUGUAGAUUUUUUUAAGUUCAGUAGAAUAAUGCUAUUCCUACUGCUAUAAAGAAGGAAUUACUAUUGGAAUAAAUAGAAUAUUAAUAAACAAAAGCUGGAUCUUAGCUAGAAAUAGCCGUAAAA